GACGACGACGACGACGACGACGACGACGACGACGACGACGACGAUGAUGAUGAUGAUGAUGAUGAUGAUGAUGAUGAUGAUGAUGAUGAUGAUGAUGAUGAUGAUGAUGAUGAUGAUGAUGAUGAUAACGACUACGGAAGAAAAAAUAAGAAAGCGAACAAAGCCCUGAAGAAUAUCCUGGACAAAGGUAAAGGUCCGACGACAACCCAGGAAGCCGAAGAGGAGCUCACGCGACGGCUGUUUCUACAUCGGCAUGGGAGGUAAAAGCGCGAAACCCAAGAUUCCCUCCUAUGAGCCCUACCAGUGCUGUCCUGCCAAGGUCGCCCACGGCACCAAAAUCGCCAAGGCCACCAAAAUCAGUCCGGGCAAGGACAAGGGCAAAGCACACGGUGCUGAGAGGUCGGACAAGCUGGGAUUGCCGGCCCUGAAGCCGAUAAACAAGCUCACGGCGAAGGACAGCAGAAAGACCGCGACGGUAUCAACGGGAGUUAGCAAAACCGGCGGCGACCAGAAGGCUAAGAAGGGAUUCUUCGGAACCGUUGUGGCCGGGCUCCCGUACAUCAUGAAAGUCUAAAAAUCAAGGAGAUGCAUGCCAGAGACGAAGGACGAAACGGGAGAACAAAGAAACCGAUGAAUCGAAGCCUAGAGGAAGCGAAAAAUACGACAAGUCGAGGCAGAAAUCAAUCGACGAGUCCACCUGCCUAUCGAGAGCAAAGAACUGAACUGAGAAAUUUGUAAAUGUUUCGUUCGUCGAACGAUCUUGUUCCUGAAGUCAUCGUGUCAUCGUCAUUUAUCGUCAUCUUCGUCAUCGAAGCAUCAACAUUAUCGUCAUCGACGCAUAAUCAUCUUUCUCCUCCACCGAUCAUCGUUCGCGAAACUAAAUCUCGUCGUUCACCACGAACAACGCGGAUCAUCGAGAAUCAUGCGCCCCCUUUCCCCACAACAUUUAACGUUUCUGUAAUAGCAAUCUUAUUUUUUUUUUUCUUUUCUAAGAAUUAAACGUCCUUCGAAUAACAUCGUUCGAGAUAGUUACCGAAUUCAUCUUAGUGUUUCUAUAAAACGCGAGCCGAACAGUUCUGCGACCAUGAGCAAACGUCAUCGUCGCGCGUCACGUUCGAAAGUCGAGCAUGACUGACUGAAAACUAUUCCCGGUUUAAAAUAUAGUCGAUCCCGAAUGCAUUUCUUGCAACGAACAGAUCUGUCUGUCCUCGACGCUCGAGUAACGUGCACGCGAACACAGGCGACGCGGUUCGCGUCGACGGUCAGAAAUUGUUCAACGAUUCAUACUUGUGGAUCGUCGACGUUUCGUCGUGAAACGUCGCGACGACACGAUACCGCCGUUCCAUUGCAUUUCACCGGUAACGCGCGCGGAGAACUUCCACGGGAUGGACAUUUUCGAGAAGCCAACGCUCGCUGACAAUGACAGGAAGAAGUAGCCAUUCGCUGUUGCCGAUCGUUUUGUGGUGUUCUACUUAGCUUACGCGGUAUAGGUUGUAGCGACGUUUACGAAGAAUUUACUUUAUUUUCAAUUGAUAGCUUCGACCCUGGAACGCGACGACGACUCCGUCGACCUGCGGCUGAGCGGUCUAGGAGUUCGUGUAAAAUAUUGACAACGCGUCGCGUGUCGAAAUCCAGGGUUAAAGCGAAGGGAUUAUUAUCUAUAAUUCCUUAAUCAAUCUGCAGAUCUCUCAGAGUAUGUUUAUGUCAAGUUCAGCACGAGCAAAGUAGGUGUGUAGUCGCAACCCUGUUGCACGGAUGACGGAUGUUUCCUAAUAUUCUUUCAGAGAAUCAAACUCAAGCUUGCUUUCCUACGAAAGAUUUGACUCGUCACGAACAAAGUAUACGACGCUUUCGAUUAUAUAGAAAACGAUUGAUCUCUCGCGAACAUGAAACACAACAUUCUCAUCUAUGCACGCAACGCUGUCAUUUCUUAGUGCUACUUUUAUCGUGGCAGCGACAUAAACAUACACUCAAUUCCUCAACAUUAACACGUCGAGGAACACGUGCGUUUCUUGUCACGCCCGCUACCACUAAUCGCUUUUAUCGCUUACUGGGCCGCACGAGCCAGCACUAAAACAAGAAAAAUCCCCCAAAAAAAGAAGGUCGAAAAAAUCUUGUUCUUUUUAUCUUUUACCGAACGGUUCACGCGGACCCGACGAGAAAGAGAAAAUACAAGAAAUGCUCAACCGUUAUUUAUUUAUUUAUUUAUUUAUUUAUUUAUUUAUUUCUACGAGUAUUUUAUUCGUUGAUUUCUGUACACGCUACCACGUUUCAUCAACUGAAUAUGCCGAUAAUCUGUACAAACUACGCUGACACGAAGUAAUUUCGUGUGAACACUGUACUCGUGUCACGGUCACUGAUUUCUAGGCGCGAUAAUUAAUUCAACUGAUUGCAUACGAACCAUGAAUUUGAACCGUUGUCGUUGACAGGCAUCCGAGAAUAACGCGAAGACCUUGAGAACGGAAAUCUACCGAAAAAAUUUUCGAGGUAACUUUUUAAAAAUUUUGUGGAUAACAAAAAAAAAAGAAAGAAAGAGUAAUUUAAUUAUCGCACUGCGUCUGUGAUCACGAUUAUCAGGCAUGAAUUGUUUAAUGCUCGUGAACGUUUGCGCACUACUCUGCCGACAUAAGCCGCCGAACGGCGUCCUCGUUAAUCGCAUAAGAGCACCAUGUACGAUAAUAAACUCGAUAAUAAAUAUGUUUCCUAGUACCAACUAGUA